GGUCGCCAGUUUUUUAGCUAAUAUUUUAAAAACGGUCGUCGCAAAAUGUCCAAAAGAAAUUAUAUAAUCGCUUUAGCGCUUUUCACUGCAGUCAAUGCAUUUCCGGCCCAGAAACCAUCAAUACCGCGAGGAUUGAUUCUAGACGAAAAAAAUGAAAGCUCAUUCUCAACACUACCUUUGUUCAGUAUAUUUAAACCAAUUAUUGAACUGUUCCCGAAUCUCGUUGAUAUUGCACCAAAAAUUGAAAUUGGCGAUAAAUAUACAAAUAUAAUAAUUAAGACUGAUCAAUACAAUGUGGAUGAAAUAACUGUGGAAGUUAAGGGCAGGUAUGUUAAUAUUGAAGGAUCCAAAAAAUCCAUGCAUGACGAUCGAGAUCUUGCAAGUGAAUUUUUAUACACGGCCACCCUUCCAAUCAACGCUAAUACUAGUGAUGUGUAUGCAAUGUUCUAUAGUGAUAAUUACUUAGUUGUAACUACGCCUAGCAAAGGUUUGAACACAGAAGUAGUGUCCGAUGAUCGAAAAGUUCCUAUUAUAAUAUCUAACAAUAACUACAUAAACAAAGAUAGAAUUGACGAUAAAAUUCAGGAUACUACUGUAAAUAGCGAGGAAGUAACAGAAUUCGCAAAAGUUUCUACUACACCAGUCGCUUUGGCGGAUACAAUAAUUACCACCACUGUACCUAUAACUACUACCACAGCUGUGCCUGACAUAAUUACCACCGCUGCACCUGAAAUAACAACAGAACAUCCAGUGUUUACCACGCUAGAAACAAAAGAAGUGGAGUUAAUAACGACUGAAAACGUGGAGACUUCCUCCGAUAGUGCCACCCCUUCAAUUUCGUUAGUAGAGAAUGAAGCUAAAGCAGAAGUUGAAGAACAGACGACGCCAAACAUUGAAGCAGUUACUCAGAACACUACUCCAUAUAUCGAGAACGAAAUUAGUGAUUUAGGCCUGGUUACGUCUAGUAUAUAAUACUUGUAUGGUACAGUGGUUGGGUAGUUGGAAUGCGUUUAGCGUAGUAUUUAAUGGCUGGAGCGUAACUUGAAUACAGAUUGCACGCGUUGGAUGACCGGCCGUUAACAAUAGAACUGGAUGUCAUCAGCUAGGCGUUCAUGCAGUAUUUUCAUAAUAAUAUUUGCAACAUAUCUUUACUCAUGUUUUACUUAUUUAUAAGAGUAUAAUGAUAACUCACUAUGGGUGAAUAUAACCUUACAAAAUCA